AUGAGGUCGGUGCUUCAACGUCGGGUGCGCUGCCUGCUGCUGGCGGGCUGCGAUCGGUGGUCAUACAGAAUAGAAGCGCCGCCGGGCCCCGCGCGGUGGACGCGCCGGCCCCCGCGCCCCUCCCGCACCCGCCGCCGCCGCCGCGCCGGCGUGCGCGCCCGCGGCCGCGACCACCACGCCGGCUGCGCCCGCUCCCGCGCCUACAUCGGCAGCUACCACCACACAGCCGUCGUCGGCGUCGCGGCCGCCGCCUCGCCAGAGUCGCCAGACGCCAGCGAGGACGAGCUACACGCGUGGCGGGCGCAGACCGCCGCCGCCGUCCCGCCGCGCGAGCGACCGCCGAGCGCCGCCGCCGCGGCCGCACACCCGGACCUCGCGCCGCUAGCAUCGGAUGCUGAUACACAACCUCAGUGUCGAACACAAGCUGCACAGGAGCCUUACCCUGGUUGCCGGAGUGUUGUCCGGGCGGCGUUCAUGAGGCAAGGCACUCCUGCAGAAGCGGCAGACAUCAUGCUAGCGUCACUUACAGAAACCACACUUAAGCAAUAUAAUUGUUAUUUAAAGAAAUGGUAUAUAUUUUGUAAGGAAAAAUGUUAUGAUAUUUUUGAUGUCGGCGUAGCAGAAGUAUUAGAUUAUUUCACAUUACUUUUUAAUCAAGGUUGUCAAUUUGGAUCAAUUAAUUAA